CCUACUUUUUCUUCACCAAAUUUUCUCUCUUUUUCUAACAAAACUUCGCCUUCACACCUACCAGAAGCAAGCUCAACAAUGGCUUCUCUAAGCUCUGCUCCGAGAACCAUCCAUUCUUCUGAGAAACUGCCAUUUACAAGAUCUCUACCCACUACUUCCCCCGCCAUUAACACACUACCCUUCAAGCUCUCAAACGCAUCUCUCACCCAAACCCUCAAAAUCCACACCAUCAAACCAAAAAGCCACAGCUUUUCACUCCCCAUAAGAUCAUUCACUUGCAAAAGCCACGCCAGCCCAUCAGAUUCUGCAAGACCCACCAAAGUUCAGGAGCUGCACUUAUACGAGGUCAACGACCUUGAUCGUGGAAGCCCUGCCUACCUCCGAUUGAGUAAAAAGACCGUCAAUUCCCUCGGCGAUCUCGUCCCCUUCACUAACAAAUUGUAUACCGGUGACCUGAAGAAACAGGUGGGGAUCACACAGGGAUUGUGUGUUUUGAUCGAAAACAAACCGGAAAAGAAAGGUGACCGGUACGAGGCCACCUACAGCUUUCAGUUUGGAGACUACGGUCACUUGGCGGUGAGGGGGUGGUAUCUGACAUACGAGGACACGUAUCUCUCUGUGGUUGGUGGGUCUGGGAUCUUCGAGGGGGCGUACGGGCAGGUGAAGCUACAGCAGAUUGUGUUCCCCUUCAAAAUUUUCUACACGUUUUACCUGAGGGGCAUCAAGGAGCUGCCCGAGGAGCUUCUGGUCAAGCCCGUGGAGCCCAACCUAGCCAUCGACCCCUUCCUUUAUUAUGUGUCCCAUUGGAAACCUAUUUUACGUGUGUUAUUUUCAGGGUUAUCUUCGGUCCCUCUUGACAAACAAAGUGCAUGAGUUGUUUUAACUUCUGUUCUGCGGUUUGUAAAGACAAUGUAGUUGAGUAGUGCAAAAAUAAGUUUAUGAUGUUUAUUUUACAAUGCUCAGAUAAUGGUAUCCAAUCUAUGUGUGUGAUUUUGGGACA